AUGACCAAAUCAAAUGUUUUCGCCACAUACCAAGUUUACCAUGGGUAUAAAAGGUGCAGCAAAAUGCUUGUGUGCAUUUUGCUGCACCCUAACAAUGCAGUGCAUUAAUGAAUAAUAACAAUGCAAAUAUAAUUCAUUAUAGGAAUUUACAGCCUUUAAAAAUGUAUAAUUGGCAUGUUCGCUUUCUAGAAAUUAAUGCAUAGACCACAUGUACAGAAUACCAAAAAAUGGGCAUGAGCAAAAGCUGAAAUACCCUUUUUACUAUUAUGCAAUGUGAAACUAUUUCGUCAAAAGGGAGGAUCUUUGCAGCCUUCGGGCAUGCUCAGUAAGCCUGUUUUCGUCUAAGAACCUGUAACCAUCAAUCACCAGGCACGGUUUUCCCCGUUUGCUCGAGCGCUCCACACCAAGGAAAGAUGUUUAUUAGCCCGUUACCCUCUAUGCGGCCUUACAUAAUAUAUUAGGACAGCCCACAUCGUGCAAAAGGGAGCUGUGGCCGCGACUACUUAAUCAGUUUUGUUUUGCAAGUGUAGCGACAAUAAUAUUAAGAUAGUACCGAAACGUUAUUUGACAACUUGAACAAUAACAUUUUAACAUAAGUAUACUGUUUUGAAUCAACAACCCUCACGAUGAUUUUCGACAAAUUGAAAAGGUUGUACAUCGUCUUCGACUCUCCAGAAAUCGAUUCCCCUCCAGUUUUCAGCAGUGGGGACGUGGUGUCUGGAAAAGUUGUUUUGAACCUUUCAGGAGAAAGUAAAGUGCAGUCGUUGAAGUUGCACGCAGAAGGUUUUGCGAAAGUGCAUUGGACCGAAUCUCGUUCGGCUGGGUCCAGUACUGCCUAUACUCAAAAUUACAGCGACGAAGUGGAGUAUCUCAACAGGAGAGAAGUUCUUCUGCAAGCAGAUAAUGGCGAGCACACCCUCCUCUCUGCUGGAAGACAUGAAUUCCCAUUUAGUUUCCAGUUGCCUGAAGAGACACUGGUGACAUCCUUCGAAGGCAAGCAUGGCAGCAUCCGCUACUGGGUGAAAGUGAAGCUGCAUAGGCCCUGGGCUACAGUGCGGAAGAUCAAGAAGGAGUUCACAGUCAUCGAGCCCAUUGACAUUAACACACCAGCCUUAUUGGCUCCCCAAGCUGGCACUAAAGACAAGAUGGCACGGGUGUGGUACCGCAAUUUUGGACAGGUGUCAAUAACCGCUAAGAUCGAUCGUAAAGGUUACACACCAGGUGAGGUGAUUCCUGUAUUUGCUGAGUUUGACAAUGCCACCUCACGCUCUGUGGUGCCUAAGGCCUACAUCACACAGACGCAGACGUUCAUCGCCCGGGGCACCAUGAAGCAGAAGCAAGCGGUGGUGGCCACGCUUAGUGGUGAUGUGGUGGGCGCCCAGCGCAGGGAGACCUGGCAUGGUCGCGCCAUCAAGAUCCCUCCUGUCGGGCCCUCCAUCCUGCAGUGCCGCAUCAUCAAAGUGGAAUACAUGCUCAGGGUGUGUGUGGAUGUUCCUGGGACCUCCAAGCUGUGCCUAGAGCUGCCCCUGGUCAUGGGCACCAUCCCCCUCCAUCCCUUUGGUAGCCGCACCUCCAGCGUCAGCAGCCAGUACAGUGUUAACCUGGAAUGGCUCCGCAUGGCCAUCCCCGAGCAGCCUGAGCCUCCUCCUGACUACAGCUCUGUGGUGACGGACGAGGAGGCUGAGCUGAACAUUAUGGCCCCCCAUCCUGAGGAGGACCUCAGUGGGAUUAUGGAGCACCCUCUCAGGGCCUUUGUCCAGGAGUUCCGCUUCCGACCUCCUCCGGUGUACUGCGAGAUCGACCCAAAUCCUCAGCCCCUCAACAUGAGACGUCGCUGCAUGACGUGUUGAACCAUAAGCGCCACUUGAGCGUCACACGAUGACCCUAUUUAAUUAAACGAAGCGAAGAGAUUUGUCUUCCCCUGGAUUACUCUCCGAAACUGGUGACUCAGUCCAAAGAUGUGGCUUCUGUUGUUGGAAGGGACUUAGAGUACCACUGAGAGGCUGGAAAAGAAGAUGGAGGCGACAGGACCUGCUUGUGGAUGAAGUCCUUUUAAAAAAAAGAAAGGGGGACAUGUUAAGUUCAACAAGAAAAGGAAAUAACUUCUCCCAUCGUUCCUGUCCUCCCAAGUGAUUCUGACUCAGGAUGACGAAAUCGAGUCACCACUCCUGCCAAUCAAUGAACCCCCACACAAUAAAUGUUUUGUGUUUGGGGAAAUAUUGGGGGAGGAUCACUUGAUUUUUGUGAGGGAGAGUUGGAGUUGCAGAUGAUAACUAGGUCUCAAAGAAUGCACUGGUAUGUCUUCAGUUAACAUCUGCAAAUGAUCAGCUGGUGUUAAGAGGCAACUGUAACUCAUCUUUUAAUACCCAACUCCUCCUUGCCUGGUAACAUGUAGUAUGACUCAAUCAUGAUGAAUAAUUCUACUGUUAUUCAAGUAAGCACUUAUCUGAGACUGUUUGGUGAGGAGGAGUUGAGUCGGCAGGUUUCGGCAUUUAGCCGGGUAAUACUAUGCAAAAGGGAACUUGAAUCCUGUAGUAUCUGAAAAUGUACUGAAAUGAUUCCAUGAGAGAUUCUGAUAUAGCAGCUGUCCUCUGUAUGGGGAUCUUAAUUUGACACUAAUGGAUGAAAACUAAACGGUUGAGUUUUUUGCAUGUGGAAGAAUUCAAGAGAAAAGUUAGUGUUGUGUAAAAGAUCGUGCUAUAGCACAAACCUGGGCAUAACGUUUUCUCAGAAAAUAGUCCAGGACUGAUUUAGAAACAGUGACACGAGGAAGAAAAGUGUGUUUGUAGUUGCUGCAAGCUCAAAUGAUUAGCUUUAGAAACGGCUAAGGAGGAAAUAUCAGAGCCAUGUGGUUUUAUGUGUUUGAUUCAAUCCAGAUGCCUUGUUUUCCAACCGUCUGUAAACGCAGAAAGUUUGUUCAGCGUUACAUUAAGCCUUAAGUUGGAGAUGUCACUUUGAAGUGUACUAAAGAACUGACUUCAGGUCAGCAAUGCAGCUUACGUGUCAUGCGCAGUGCAGCACACACCUGAAAUUGAAUGUAUUUUAUACAAACGCCGCUGUUGAUUCACAGAACUUGCCAAAGUUUUUGUAAUUCCCUUUUCUAAUAAAAACUCUGAAACAGA